AAUAGCAUCCCCAUUACGCCCUCCCUUCCACUCCAUCAUGUCGUUUUUCGACAUACGAGCACGGAAAGCGGCGGCCGACGCCAAAGCAGCACAAUCCUCCAAAGCCGCCCCGGCCGAGACGAAUCGCCAGCAGCCAUGGGUGGAGAAAUACCGCCCGAAGUCCCUCGACGAUGUCACCGCCCAAGACCACACUGUCACCGUCCUCCGCCGUACCCUCCAGUCCGCCAAUCUCCCGCACAUGCUCUUCUACGGCCCACCUGGAACAGGAAAGACAUCCACAGUCCUCGCACUCGCCAAACAGCUCUACGGCCCCGAAUUGAUCAAGACUCGCGUCCUCGAGCUCAACGCCUCCGACGAGCGAGGCAUCAGCAUUGUCAGAGAAAAGGUCAAGAACUUUGCUCGCAUGCAGCUCAGCAACCCGCCAAGUGGACCAGCAGGAGAGGAAUACAGGAAGAAGUACUCGUGUCCACCGUACAAGAUCAUCAUCUUGGACGAGGCGGACAGCAUGACACAGGACGCGCAGAGUGCGUUGCGGAGGACGAUGGAGACAUAUUCAAAGAUCACACGGUUUUGCUUGAUCUGCAACUAUGUCACAAGGAUCAUUGAUCCGCUGGCAAGUCGAUGCAGCAAAUUCAGGUUCAAGAGUUUGGAUGAAGGAAAUGCAGGGAAGAGGAUCGAGGAUAUUGCAAGACUGGAGGCUGUCACUCUGGAAGACGGCGUGGUGGAGACACUUCUUCGCUGCAGCGAGGGCGACUUGCGGAAAGCCAUCACAUUCUUGCAAUCGGCUGCGAGACUAGUCGGUGCGAUCCAGGGCCCUCCGACAACUACCAAGCGGAAGCGAAAGACCGCAGUCGAAGACGACGAAGAAGAUGGCGACGCAAUGGACAUCGACACAUCUUCCACAACCUCACCUCCCAUCACCGUCGCGAUCAUCUCCGAAAUCGCCGGCGUCAUUCCCGAUCCGACCAUCGACCGACUCGUCGCCUCCCUCACUCCCAAAUCCUCUUCGCAACCCGCUCCCUACGCUCCCAUCGCACAAGCCGUGGAGGACCUUGUAGCAGAGGGCUGGUCAGCAGGGCAGAUCGUCUCACAGCUGUACGAUAAGAUCGUCAUCUGGAAUGAGACCGUGGGUGACCGGGCGAAGGGUAAGAUCAUGGCAGUAUUCUCGGAAGCGGACAAGAGGCUGGUGGACGGGAGUGAUGAGCAUUUGACGGUGCUAGACUUGUGUUUGAGAGUUGCCGGGGAGUUGGGAGGUGAUCGAUGA